AUGUCAGAGCGGGUCACGAUGUCUGUAUUAAAAGUCAGUUGCGUAACUGAUCAACUGAUGAGUCAUCAAUCUGUGCGACAAUUAAUUUCUAACAUAGACCAAGAUCCUUACGAAAAAGCUUUACCGGUCGAUAUUGAUACUAAUAAGAAUAUCGGUGCCCUUAAGAAAGUUAUCAAGAAUGAUAUUAGUGAAAGCGUGUCGGCGAGAGACCUUAAACUGUUCAAAGUCGAUAUUCCCCUUGGAGAAACCAGAGACGAGAAUGUCGUGAAGAUGCUUGAACUUGGUGAUCUCAAUAUUGGUCAGGAAAUGAAUAAUAAUAUACAAAAAAUUAGUGAUUAUUUUAGUGCGCAACCUGUCGACAUAAACUUACAUAUUCUCGUGCAACUUCCUACUGUUGCCACCGGAAAACGGUCAAUUUCGCCUUCUGUUGAAUCAAGAGAAUCCAAGAAGGGAAAAACUAUAGAGGCGGAAUUUAGUAACAUUUGUGAUUUGGUCAAACAUUUACGAAAUAGUAAAAAAGAGGUUAUUGCAUCAACGUCCGGUUCAACCAGUAUUGAAGAUGCGAUCGAAGAAAUAAUUAUAAAAGAGGAAGAAGUUAAUCCAUGCAAUAUUAUUAAACACCCUCAAGAAAAACCUCUUGCAGUGAUUAAGAAGCCAGCAAUAUAUGUGAGAGAAUCAUACGAGGAGCUCUACCAUCUAAUGAUCGACCAAGCUUCUAAGAGUUCCGAUCACAAGUUCCUCGUCACCGGCACUUCAGGUAUUGGUAAAUCAUGCUUCUUAAUUUACUUCUUAAUCCAGCUUUUGUGUGAAUCCGAGAAUCCCACGAUCAUUUUUCAGCCAGUUCAAAGUGAAGACUUCUACUGUUUUGAGGAUCUUUAUCUCAGUUUCGGUCGUUAUGAUGAUUUCUCAGCUCACUUCCAAUCCUCCGAAACGUGGUACCUAGCGGAUGGUAUUUUAUCUCCCAAGUUAGUCCCGGCGAAAACGGUGGUUGCUUUAUCGCCAAAAGGCGUAGUUAAAGAUGAAUUUCAAGAAUUCGGAAAGGAUCUUGUACAGACAUUUUACAUGUCACCUUGGUCACUAGAGGAGUUGUCAUUUUGCCGGAAAUACGUUUUCUCGGACGUGCCUGAAGACAUAAUGUUAGCUCUUUAUGACAAGGCAGGCGGUGUGCCAAGAUACGUUUUCCGGAGGGUUGAAAUCUCAUUGAAAUAUAAUUUAGAUCCAAAAACACCUGAAGGGAAAGAGAUGAUCAUAAAAAAAGCUUUUGAACGCGUUGAAUUUGCUCUUUUGCAAGUUAAAAACUUCGACGAUCUUAUAGCUUGCUUCACCGAAAAUGCCUAUUUUAUUCAAUAUAGCAGUCGCCUUGUUCACCGAUGGCCAGAUCCUUCUUAUAAUGAUUAUCAUCUUCAAUGGGCUUCUCGUUAUAUAUACGACGAGAUCGAGAGAAGGCUAGAGAAACAGUCAUGGAGCUCUCUUUUGGAGAGGAUCCAAAUGAUGAGAAAUUAUCCCAGUGCUAGAGGGAUUAUGUUCGAGAUGUACGUAAUCCACCUUUUCCGGUCUAGUAAUGAUCAAUACGCUAUGAGAGAACUGCGGGAAAGCCCUAAGACAACAGAUAUUCCCCAACAUAGGAAAUUUUCCAUGGGUAAAUCGCCAACAGUUGGUAAUAUUCGAACUGCAAAGGAACUUUCAAGUAAAAGUGAUGAUAUAAUUAUCCUUCCUGAGACAUCAAAUUUUGGUGCGGUAGAUCUAUUUUACACACCAGAUAUGAUGUUUCAGGUUACGGUGUCCAACAAUCAUCCAAUCAAACAAGUCGAGCUAGUUAAUAUAGUUGAAAAUAUGCCAGCCUAUGGAAGGAAAACCCCAAUUAAUUUGGUCUUUGUGGUACCGGACGAUAUAUAUGACACUUAUAAAUAUCAAGAUAUUGUAACAAAAGAUGCGAAAAGUAAGAGCUUUCGAAAGGUAAAAACACAGGACGCUAAACUCAAGAAUGUUCAACAAUGGGUUUUAAAAAUCGAUAUUAGUAUGAGUAAGUCGACUAAGUUUGUAAAAGCAAAAGAAACUUUUAUGCAAAGACUUAAAUUCGGAUCAUCAUCAGGAUCGUCAUCUGUGGUUGAGUCAGAUUCACCUUCAUUAAUACCAGAGUCAGGAUCAGGAGUUGAUUCACCUACAAUAGCACCAGAAAAGCAUAAAAAAAAGUCAAAGAAAUUUAAAGAUAAAGAACCUGUCUCCUUGUAA